GCCACAAAAUAUAUUAAAUUUCACAAACACACAAAAAUGCAGUCACACAAUGUGUCUAUUCAGUUUAGUAAUUAAAGUUUCUAGCGUAUCAAUCAAAGAGGCCGAGGCUAUAAUAUUAUUGGAAGCACUAGCUUCAAAUUAAAAAUUAAAUCACUGCAUGAAAUCCAUUGUACUUAAAGCUAUAAGAAAAGAGACUGAGUGUGUGAACACUAAUUAUUCAUAGGGAAGCCAAAGAUCUGUCUAAUCACAUGAUGUCAGUAGUGUCAGUUUGUGAGACACAAAGCAUGCAUGGCACAGUUGAGAAAAAAUAAACGGUUGGACCCAUCACUGAAUGAGGGAGGUUAUGACUACAAGUUCAUAGAAGAACCUGCAGACUCUCUCAAGUGUCUCAUCUGUCUGCUAGUAGUUAGGGAGCCACAACAACAUGGCGGCUGUGGGAAGCUAUUCUGUAAAGUGUGUAUUAACAAGCACACGGUCUUUAGCAUUGUCUGUCCAAAUUGCAGACAGCCAUUAAAUAACUCAAAUGGCUUUCCAACCAUCUUCAAUGAUUUCAGAAGUGAUCAAGAGGUCAAGUCUCUAAUGGUGUACUGCAACACUGCUUGCGGUUGGAAAGGAGAGCUGGGAUCUCUCGAUAAUCAUAAGCAGAAAGACUGUGAGAAUUCAGUAGUCUUUUGCGAAAACAAUUGUGGUGAAACAAAUAUAAGUCGAAAGAAUCUCCAGGCCCAUCUCGAGUCCAAGUGUCCUAAUCGACUACACAAAUGCCCUGACUGUGGUGCAAACAACCAGUACAAAAACCACCAACUUCAUACCAAAUUACAUUGCCCCAAGCGAUUGCAUUCUUGUGUUCAUUGUGGUGAAAACGGCUGCUUUGAUGAGCGUACUUCUACACAUUUGGAGGUUUGUCCCAAUAUGAAAAUUGCAUGUAAAAAGUGCACACAACGUAUCCUGCGCUGCCAGCUGCCAACUCACCCAAAAAAAUGUAUGUUUCAACCAGUGCCCUGUAAAUAUUCUAAAGUCGGGUGUAAAGUUCGGCCUCUACGCAAAGACCUCAAGAAGCACGAGGAAGAUGACCAACUACACCUUCGAGUUACUACAGAAACAGUGCUCGAACUAAAGAAAAUACUUCCCAAACCCGUUACCCCAGUGACCUUCAGAGUCACAGAUUUUGACAAGAGCAAAACAGACAAUGAUGUAAUCUACAGUCCUUCGUUCUACACUUCCAAAAAUGGGUACAAAAUGUGUUUAAGAAUUUAUGUCAACGGCAAUAGUACUGGCAAGGGCACACAUGUCUCUGUGUUCACAUGCCUUUUGAUAGGUGAAUAUGACGACUACCUGACCUGGCCGUUCACUGGGACAUUUACCAUUGAGCUUCUAAAUCAGUUAGAGAAUCAGAACCAUCACCAUGAGAUGCUUACAAUACCAGCAGACAAAUUCAGUGAAAAGGUUUUGAAAGAAGAGAGAAGAGGACGGGGAUAUCCUGAAUUUAUCUCACACACAGACCUAGCCAAACAGUCGCAGUGCCAGUACCUCAAAGAUAACACUUUGAUUUUUCGAGUAUCUGUAGUAAAUGUACCAGAUUACAAACAACAUCUUGAAUGUAUUAACUAAUGCUUUAUGUACACGUUUAUUAUC